GGGGCGCGGCAGCGUCCGCGUGCUGCCAUGGACACCGCGCGCCAGCCGUCUGCCCCCUCCCCCCCGUCCCCCCGGUGUCAACGGCGCAGAGAUCGGGAGCGCGCGCGGGGCGGCCGCCGUCCCGCUGCUCCCGGGCUGUGUGAACGCCCCCGAGCCGUGCUCGGUCCCGGCGUCCCGGGAGGGCGCUCCGCUGGGUGCGAGGCCGGGCAGGCAGCGGGAGACACGCUCAAGCUGCGCCGGCGUCCCCGUUAUCCCCAGGGGCGGGCGGGAGGACGCCCCGUCCCGGUCGAGUGAUAGCGCCGGCCGGCCGGACCUUCUGCAGCCCUGUGAUUGCUGAUACGUGCUUGACAGCCUCAAGGUCCUGGCAAGAUGGCAUCUUCCAGACUUCCCAUCCUUAUAGCACUGGCAUUUUCCUCUUUGCCCUUUGUUCUUUUACAUUCAAACAGGGAAAUGUGGUUUCAGGAGUUCUUUCCACCUAAUGUGUGCCCUAUAAAUGCCAAAGCAAACACUUUUUAUGGCAUCAUGUUUGACGCAGGAAGCACUGGAACCCGUAUUCAUAUUUACACCUUUGUGCAGAAGAGCCCAGAAAACCUUCCAGAGGUGGAAGGGGAAAUCUUUGAGUCUGUGAAGCCAGGUCUGUCUGCAUAUGCUGAUCAGCCUGAAAAGGGUGCUGAAACUGUCAAAACGUUGCUGGACAUGGCUGUAGAUGCUGUGCCACCUCAUCUCUGGAAAAAGACCCCAGUAGUGUUAAAAGCCACAGCUGGACUUCGCUUGCUGUCAGAGGAGAAAGCUCAGGCUCUGCUUUCAGAGGUGAAAGAAGUCUUUGAGGAAUCACCAUUCCUGGUUCCAGAGGACAGUGUUGGCAUCAUGGAUGGGUCUCAUGAAGGAAUUUUAGCCUGGAUCACUGUGAACUUUUUGACAGGGCAGCUGUCUGGCCAGAACCAGCAAACUGUUGGGAUUCUGGACUUGGGAGGAGCCUCAACCCAAAUCACAUUCCUGCCACGGUUUGAGGAAACUCUGAAGGAAACCCCCGAGGACUUUCUUACCUCAUUUGAAAUGUUUAAUAGCACGUACAAGCUCUAUACCCACAGCUAUUUGGGGUUUGGACUAAAAGCUGCAAGACUGGCAACGCUUGGAGCUUUGAACAUGGAAGUUGUGGAUGGACAAAUGUUCCGCAGUUCUUGUUUGCCAAAGCAGUUGGAGGCAGAGUGGCACUUUGGGGGAGUGAAAUAUCAGUAUGGUGGCAACAAAGAAGGAGAAACAGGAUUCAAGCCUUGCUACUUGGAAGUACUCAAGGUUGUCAAAGGGAAACUUCACCAACCAGAUGAGAUUCGGGAAAGUUCCUUCUAUGCUUUCUCCUAUUACUAUGAUCGAGCAACUGACACCAACCUAAUCGAUUAUGAACAUGGAGGUGUUUUGGAAGUAAGAGAUUUUGAAAGAAAAGCCAAAGAAGUCUGUGAUAACAUGGAGAGGUACAACUCAGCCAGUCCUUUCCUCUGCAUGGAUCUCACUUACAUCACUGCUUUACUAAAGGAAGGUUUUGGAUUUAGGGACAACACAGUCUUAAAGCUGACAAAGAAAGUAAACAACAUAGAGACAAGCUGGACUUUGGGUGCUACCUUUUACCUGCUGCAGUCUCUGGGGAUGACUUAUUGACUUGUGAUACUGCGGUGGACUUCAGCAUUUCUGAAAAUGUUGAGAAAGUAAAUUGCAAUCUCCAGGUAUGGUGUGUUCAGCUGGACUGGUCACAGAGCAGAACAUGGACCAAAAAUAUACGACAGCUCUUUACCCUGGAUUGGCAUUGUGCCUAAUGAGCGUAUGAUUUAUAACUGAUUGCCAUAAAUGAUCCAGAAUCUGCCUUAAAGUCAAAAAGCAAGGGGCUCAAAACCAGCUUUCACCAGCAAGUUUGUUAGAAACACAGAGUUCCCGGAUGUGGUGGCAGACUACAGACACGACUUCCCACACCCCCUUCUAUUUUAAACAUACAAAACUCAAGUUUGCUUGUGAGAUGUUAAAUACAGAAAUGAAAAAUAGCAUCAACAGUGAUGCAGAGAAAAGUGAACAGCUCUGGAUGCUGCCAACCUCAGUAUUCCAAAAAUCCAGCUGCUAGCUUAGCAAAUACAUGGCAAGAAUAUUCCAGUCUUUCAAGAAGGGCCUACUAUAAGUACACUUUGGGCAUGGUUUUGAGAAAGGUGUUGGCUAAAACAUAGUAAUUUACCAAGCUUUUUUUUAGGCAGUAGGCAUUUCAUAAGCAGAAUGUGUGCUUGUGUUUCAGUUUUGCUGCCUUUUCCUAAGUCUGUGCAGCUACACCAUACAUCUGACUACCAGACUUGAUAAAUUUAUUCAUUUAUCAUGUAGUCAUAACACAUAGUUGUGCUGGCACAACGAGGCAGCAGUGCCAGCUAUUGAAACUCAACUGCCAGAAGAAGAGCUUGUCACAUUCCACCCACAAGGAGAUUGCAGUCAGAUGAAAUGGCUGAUCUGACAGCUCACUUUGCUGUGAGAGCCAGUUCUGUUUCUCUGCUCUCAGCAAGGCACACCCACAGCCUUCUUCGCUCUGCUGCUGGUGCUCCUCAGGUUCUUGUAUGAACUGAUUCAGGACAACUGACCUGAGGUGGUGCUCAUCCAAGAGUCAAGUCUGGUGCUAUCCCAAGGACAGCAGGCAUGGCACAGCCCAGCAAAACCUGCUGGGCCAGCGAGCGGUCUGAGCACUGUUGUCCCUUCUGCUGGAGUGAGCUCUAAGGUGUGGUCUCCCAUUUGAAACCCAUCCAUUGCCCUAAGUAUAAACAGCUGUACCCUAAGUAAAAACAGCUUCUUCUACCCCAUGAAAUAAUUGGCAGCUUGCUACUGUCUUCACCUCUUCAAGGAACGUGUAAGGUACAGGUGAAUUUACCCCAUCACAACAAAGAGGUAUUAUUACUCAUGUGACUAAGGGAAACUUCUAGCCACUGAUGUCUUGUGAUGAACAUUUCCCUGUUGGGCAGUUGCAGUUACCCAACUGUCCAAAUUGCAGUUGCUCUAAAACACCUUUCUGUCAGACCAAAGACUGCCCUCACGCUGCCUUCUCUGCAAACUGGAUUUGAAAAUCAUUGGUAAUUCCCUGCAAAGGGAGGAAAUUGUGCACUCAUGUCUUCAGUUGUCUUGCCAAACAGUUUGGGGACUUAGAAAUUUGCCUUAUUGUGAACAUUAGUCCUUUUCCUCUAGUUAGCAGUGCAAGUUUGCCUGUGGCUGAUUAAGCUACCGCUUCUCCUAUCUCAGGUUUUACAGCACAAGGGUGCGAGGCGUGCUUUUGAUUGAACAAGUUCAAUCAGCAACAAGCCAAGGGUUGUGGAUGGAGCCAUCCAUACUUAUCUCAUCACUGACACUUUGCCAUGAAUUCAGGCUGCUUUUUUGAAACAGCACGUGCUCAUCCUAAAUGUGUACUCCUUACCAGAAUCUGUUUGAGAUCCACAUUGAGAAAUUCCAGUGUCACACCAAAGUUCUGUUCCUUCCUCUCUGGAAGUUUCAUGAAGAAAGUAAUUGCAGCCUCUUCUCAACCAUAAACAUUUCUUAUUUCUCUUCCUACUAUACCAAGUUGGCAAAACUUGGUAUAUGGUCUGGUCUGCAGAACAAGGUGACUGCAAAUGCAUUCAUUUUGUCUUCAGUGAACAUUUCUGUAUUCUCAGAAAACACAAAGUCGGUUGCAGUGGUUACUGGCCAGGCUGUGUUAUCCUAAGAACAAGCUAAUUCAUUAAUCCAGAAAUCAUCUUUGAGUCUGAGCCAAUGACAAACUCUUGACAAACUCUUACUGGAUCCUGGGGCUAAGAGCUGGCAGCAGUGAGGCUGUGUUUUGAAGGUGGGAUGCUCUACCUAACGGAGAAGCAGCAGCAUUAUCUGCCCCUUUAAACACACAAGCACUGAGGAGGGCUCGAGGGCUGGGUUUAGUCUGAAGCAAGGAGGGGCUAGAAGAAGGGUACUAUGCAGAGGAAGUUGUUUUUUCUGCAUUCUUUUCCUUAGACUCUGGUACUACAAAUGCUAGGGGGUAGCGUCUGCUUCCCAGUACCAAAGUUGCAUUUAAGCUGAAUGCUCAGGGCCUUCAUUUGUCAGUGGCACAAUUCAUUAACUGAAGCAGAACUUCUGCUCUCUGUUACUGGCAUGAUCCUUCAGUUAUCGGAGAAACAAAAGCUCUGUUAAAAGAGCUUUUUAACAGAAUUGAGCCCCGGCUGUUUACACCUGAACCCAAGUGGGUGGGGGGAUCUGGACAACCCGGUCAAGUCCUCACACUUACCCUAGUGCAAUGAGAUUAUUUAUUACCUAAACUAAAGAGUAAGCAGCCUUUUAAGAGAAGAGCUCUACUUGCAGCCCUGAUUUUUAUCUCCUCCUUUGUAAUGUUUUUGAGCCAGCCACUAACAAGAACUGCCUAAUAUGAGUGACUGCAGAAGCACAAGUAAUGGCUUUCACUUCAAAACUUCACUUUCCUUAGGUUUCGUUCUUUCUGAUGUUAAUUUCUGAACCUGGUCACCCACAUGUGUAAAUCUUGCCCAUGGGCAGUGCUUAGUUUAAUUUUGUGAGUGGCAAAUGUCUAAUGCAAGAGGCUGGUGUUUGGAAUCGAAGACAGAAUAUCUUGAAUUGUCUAUUUUAGUAAUUAAAGCAUUUUUAACAAUA